GGAUUAUAUGACUGAAGUUUUCAUGGCCUUGUUAUGAGACAUACAGGCAGAACCAGCAUUCUAGACCCGAACACCGUUGGAUGUAUCAGUAAAUAUAGUAAAAAAGCAGAGAAGGGAGUGUUGAUGGACAGAUGUAUGUUCAUGGCUAGACAGAUGUUUGAAACCAAAGUAGUUUCCUACAGACUCAGCGAGACAAAAGAUUUGAUGAGCUAGAUGAAGAGACAUCACGCUGAAUUAGUGAAGAAAAAUAAACCUAUCUUGUUCGCUAUUCGGAUGAAUUCAACUAUUAAGAAAGAGAAAAAAACAUAGGAACUGGAAAAUAGUGAAUAAGAAACAGAAUCUGCGUAUUUUAUAUAUUAAAGCCUCAUACUAAAACAAUUUGGACCAAAACGUAUGAAUGGCAGAAGUUAGGGAAUGUGCUGAACAUGUGGAUCGGAUUGGAUUCUAUGUUUAACUUCAUUAAUGUCCAUUAGGAAACUGUAUCAAAUUGCUGAGAUGUUUUGACAUAGUAAAAUGCUCUUCUACACGAUGGAACCAGGUUUCAUGAUAGAUCAUUGAAAAUACACUUCUAGCAAGAUACAUUCAGAGACUGAAAAAAAAUACAUAUAUUAUCACAAUAAGAUAAUACUUUUGAGAAGAUAUAUGAUACAAUUAUACCUACCUUGGUAUAUCCUUUAGUCAGUAGCAGUCCAAGACUAUGACAGAUUGAAAAUCUUUUGUUCCACUAGAACAGUACCAUUUGGGAGACAUUGACACGACAAUUCCCAUUAGGAUAAGAGGUUUAACAUUAUGGGCUAUGAUAUCUAGCCAUCUAUUCCGUAGUAUUCUGCCAUUAGUUUAUUGUGGCAAUAAAACUCAUAUUUAAGAUGAAGGACUGAGUAUCGAAAACAACAAAUAUGGAUAGCCUAGAGGAUUAUUUUAACUCUUUCAAUUUCAAUAUAUCCUUCAAUAUAUCACAACUUGAGAACUUUACGCUUGAUGAUAAUGAUGGUAACUGUGAUGAACAAUGCGGUGAACGUUACAUGCAAGCUCUUAUAUCACAUUAUUUGAUGGGCAUCACAGGCUUGGUGUUUUGCUGUUUAGGUAUAUUUGGAAAUACAUUAUCAGUGAUUGUUCUAUCAAGGCGAAGUAUGCGCUCAUCAUCAACUUAUGUAUAUAUGAUUGGACUCGCAAUCUGUGAUACCUUAGUACUUAUCUGUACAGUCAUGGUCGUUUUCAAAGAUUCGGUUCAUCCCAGCAAAAUCGGAAGUGAUUCUCACGAGCUUCUGAAUAGAGUGUACGUCUACAUGUUUCCUUAUGCUCAUGGAUUUGCAUACACAUUUAUGGUAACUUCAAUAUGGUUGACAUUGGCAUUCACAGUUGACCGCUACAUAAUGAUAUGCCACCCUUUUAAAGCAGAAUACAUGUGUACUGUCAACAAAGCCAAGAUUGUGAUUAUAGCAUUGUAUAUAGGUGGCAUAUUGUUUAACAUUCCAAAGUUUCUGGAAUAUAAAUUGCUUUCAAUAUCAGUACCAAAUAGGACUUUAUACUUCACUGAUUGGACGGAGCUAGGACAAAGCCAAGUAUAUAAACAGGUCUACCAUUCUUGGCUCUACUUUAUAUUUGUUUGGGGCAUCCCCUUUGUGACAUUAGCAAUUCUUAAUGCUUUCUUGAUGCAUGCUGUUCGCCAAUCGAGGAAAAAGGGAAAGCAGCUGAAUAUUCAAGAAAAAAAGCGUAAUGACACAACUGUAAUGCUAAUUGGUGUAGUGGUGAUUUUUUUUAUAUGCCAAGUGCCUGCUUUGAUAUCCAGAAUGGUGUAUGCUUUUCACAGUAGUUUAAGCUGGAGAACCUCUGGAUAUGCUCUCAAUGAAGUCGCCAAUUUCCUCGUCGUGCUUAACUCCGCUAUUAACAUUGUACCAUAUUAUUUCUUUGGCAAGAAAUUUCGCCGUGAAUUCUGGCGAACAUUUUGCAUUCAUAUAUGUACCCAAGAGACAUUACGACGUUUCUCAAAGACACUUACGUACUCUCUUGCAGAAGGUGCUCUGACCAGGAGAGAAAGCGUAUGGUCUGAAGCAGAAAAUAAUUGCAACUUGCAGCUUCCAGAUAAAACUAAGGGAUUGAAACCCAAGAAGAAAUCACCAAAUGACUUUAGAAAGGCGAGCUGUGGUUCCUGUAAUAGCAACACCCCAUUGACAAUCCAGAAUCAACAGUCAAAAGUGGCGUUGAUUCAAUACCAGCCGUCUUACCAAGAAGUCAAUGGAAAUUGCUCCGAUAAAAAUGUAAUCGCUUGUGGUCCUAAUGGGAACACUCCUAAUCAUGUUAUAUAUGAAAAUGAUGAGAAUGAAAGUAUGUUGUGAAAUAUUGUAUUCCAAAUAAAACCCCAAAAAAGCCUCACACAUGUUUUCUUCCAAGUAGUAGUAAUUCUAACAAGUACUGUAUAUAAAAGUCGAGAUAAAUUAAUACUAAAUGCCAAAUUAUGUUCUUAGCCAAUAUUUUCUUGUUUAGUUUAACCCAUGUCUGUCUAGCUUGCUUUCACUUGAUUGCCUAGCGUAUUCAUAAAACACAUAAAUGUUGAGUUUAUCAUACACACUGUAGAAAUGUUAUGCUGUUAACAAUAAAUGUUUCUAGAUUUAUUCAAAAUGUUAAGUGUAUGGUUUCCAGUGAUAUUGAAAUUAUUUUGUUGUGAUAAACAUAAGUUACAAAUAUGUCUCAACUUACAUAUAUUAGGGAAGUAAAAAUUGACAAUAAUAGCCAUGUGAUGUUUUUGUAAAAUGAGAAAUCAGAGAAAAAAUUAAGUGCAGUGAAUUAAAAUAUGUAUAUGUAUAACAAUGUCAAAUUAACCCACCCAGGUAGUUGGAGGAGAGAAUCUCAUGCGACAUUUCUUGCUAAAGAAACAUUGUGGUAAGAUGUAUAUCUACAGGGUGUCAAAUAAAUA